ACUUCUCUCUCUUUUUCUCUUCCUAUUAUCCACAUCCUCCUCUCCUCAACUUAAAACCACCAGAUUCUCCAAAUCCAAAAAUUUUAUUAGAAGACCAGAAUAACUUAGUUUCAGGUCUCCACAUGGCAAGACUCACACAACAAUGAACCACUCCCAGAAACCAAUUCAUUACAACUAUUAACGAAAAUGGAUUCAUUUUGCAUCUUUUGAGUCUAGCUUAACCUAACACACACGCCCUUUCUCUAAUCUUUCCCAACAUGGCUCUGCUUCAGCUCAUUUGUACUCACAAACCCUCAAUAAACCCCAGUACCAGCCUCCCUUCUUUAUACCCUAAAUCAACUGAAUCAAUUCUCCUUUGCCACAGUCGCCAAAGCCAACGCCGCCGAAGACGACACAGUAACUCCCUAAGAUGCUCUGCCUCCUCUUUCUCCGAAAAGCAUCACACAAACCACCCAAAACCAAGCGACGUCGUAGAGUUACCUCUCUUUCCUCUUCCUUUAGUGCUAUUCCCUGGCGCAAUCCUCCCUCUCCAGAUCUUUGAGUUCCGUUACCGCAUUAUGAUGCACACUCUCCUCCACACUGACUUACGCUUUGGCGUCAUUUACUCCGAUGCUGCCUCCGGAACCGCUGAAGUCGGAUGUGUUGGCGAGAUUGUCAAACACGAGCGACUUGUGGACGACCGAUUCUUUCUAAUCUGCAAGGGUCAGGAGCGUUUUCGUGUCACGAAUCUUGUCCGCACAAAACCUUAUCUUGUGGCUGAGGUGGCAUGGCUGGAGGACCGGCCUUCUGGGGAUGAGGACGUGGAGGCCUUAGCUACGGAAGUCGAGACGUAUAUGAAGGAUGUGAUUCGAUUGUCGAAUCGAUUGAAUGGAAAGCCAGAAAAGGAAGCCCAGGAUUUGCGGAGGAAUUUAUUUCCGACGCCAUUUUCGUUUUUUGUAGGGAGUACUUUCGAGGGUGCGCCGAGAGAGCAGCAGGCUUUGCUGGAAUUGGAGGAUACAGCGGCAAGGUUGAAGAGGGAGAAGGAGACUUUAAGGAACACUCUUAACUACUUGACCGCUGCCUCGGCUGUCAAAGAUGUGUUUCCAUCUUCGUGAUAAAAAGAAGAAAAAGAAUAGGGUCACUUGGUAAUUGAAGCACAGGAAGAGCAAAGACUAGAGAGGAUGUGGAAAUGUGUUAGGUAUGGAUUUGAAAUCUUUGCUCUGGUAUUUUAAUUUUGUACACAAGGAUUUAUGAAGCUGUAAAUUUUGAUGUGUAAUUUUUCUGUGUUUCUAAUCAUUAGAUGAUAAAUGGUUGACAUUCCUAAACAGAAUAAAAUUUGCACAUAAUGGAUACUUGUUAAUUGUUUA